GGGGGGAGGGGGAAGUGCUUCCGAGGCGGCGCGGCCCCGAGGUGACCGAGGCGGGGAUGGGGGCGCACCUGGUCCGGCGCUACCUGAUCGACGCGGAGGUGGAGCCGGACCCGCUCCGCAUGCCGACCUUCGACGCGCGCCUGGGCUUCCCGGAGCGCAAGGAGCGGGUGAUGGUAGCGACGCAGCAGCAGAUGAAUGACGCUAACCUGCCCCUGGAGAUGCGCGACUACUGCGCCCACUACCUGAUCAAGCUGUUGAAGUGCAAGCGCGACAGCUUCCCCAACUUCCUGGCCUGCGACGACGAGAAGCACGACUGGGAUUACUGCCAGCACCUUGACUACGUGAAGCGUAUGAAGGAGUUUGAGCGGGAGCGGCGCUUGCUGGUGAGGAAGAAGAAGCUGGAGCAGAAGGCGGCGGCUAGAGCAAAGCAAAGCCCUGUGUCCCCAUCCACCUGAGGGGUUGGAGAAAUCCCCUCCUUGUAUUAUAUGUAAGGGAAUAAAGAAUGGCUCGUCUG